UCUUUGGACAGUGCAAGUUUCGGCAACGACACGGUUUUUUAGGGGGGUGGGGUUGGGGAAAAAGUUACUGUUUGAUAUUUUUAGGGUGAGAGGUUUGGGUACUGUAGAGCAAACGGCUUGYGAUUGAUGCUCGAUUCAACACCUUCCAUACAUCGCAUCACUGGUCGAACAUUAAUUGUGAUCUAUUGUGUAAAUCUUCUUGGUUCUAUYCCAUUUCUUUUUUCGAUUUCUUUUAGAAAAAUGUAUUUCUUUCCCUGUCUUCCUUUUCUUACAAAUAUGAAAACACUGCCUUUGGGUUUCCUGUGGACAACCGCAGUGUGAUGCGGUCAGUGGUCAACAGAGGACGCAUGCGUUUGAGGAUAUUCUAUUCCUGGCGCGGAAUUUACAAACUUUUUGAAAAAGUAAACCUAAAGUAUUUCUAGUUUUGGACACGCAAAAAAACACUUUUAAUCAUUUAAAUGCAGAAAAUAAGAAUCAGUAAUGUCACUUAGCGAAGAAGGAGUGUUCGCUGUAAGUCAGGAUAGAAUUUCAAGCUCUGAAAAUGGUGCAAAUUCAAGCGUUGAAGAAAUGGAAGUUGAAGAACAGCAACAAUCUGGGGAUCGAGUUGAAGAGAACGCUGAAACAAGUGUUUUAAACUUUCCGUCCACACAACAGGCUCCUGAACCAGGAGUAAGCACUCUAUCACAAGAAAACGAUCCUCCUUUAGCACCGGAAUCCGUARCACACGAAGCAGAAACGAAUAAUUCUACUCCACUGGAGGCACGAACGGUUCCACUCGUGAACCAACCAAUUAUAGUAGAAUCGCCAGACGAGUUUAGAGACGAGUUCAAAGCCAAGAGUUCAAAAAGAGCAAAGAUAUCGAAAUCACCUUUAAAAUCGCCUGAAAAAGAAGACGAAGCCCAGUGUUGUCCAAUAUGUUUUGAACCUUGGUCCAAUUCAGGUGCUCAUCGUCUGGCUUCGCUAGCAUGUGGACAUUUAUUUGGCAAGAGCUGCAUAGAAAGAUGGCUCAAGGGAAAAGGAAGUAAUGAAAAAUGCCCUCAGUGCAAUGCACCUGCAAGACGAAGGGACAUAAGGAAUAUUUAUGCCAAGGCAUUAAAGACCAUUGAUACAACAGAGAAAGAUCGAGCUCUAGAAGAACUCGAAAAGGAAAAGAAACUAAGGCAAAGAGCUGAAGAAGCAGAAGCCAGAGCAUUACUUCAGUAUCAGCUGGUGAAGGCUGAAUGCGAAAGAAUGAAAAUUACUUUGUUGCAACAGCAAGAAUUGAGACUUGCAAGUUCCAGCUCCUGUGCAUGCAAAAGACCAAAUUCAGAAACCAGGACUGUAGGAGAAGCAUCAAGCCAGGCCUUUACUUCAAACAAGUGCUAUAUCCUUCAAGGAACAUCUCAAAUAUCAAAGGGUGGUUCUAGAGUGAUGUCAUUUGAUGAGCACCAUGCUCUUCUAGUAAUAUCAAAACCAUCAGCAAAUCAGCUGUUUCCAGGAUUUGGAGUCCUCAAGGUCAGCUCUCUAGAUGUCAAGCACUCUGAAUUUGUGCAGAUUCACCAGAAGCCACUACGGGAUGCCUGUUUCAGUUGUCAAGGAGAUGGACUGUUAUUGACAGCUGGGAUGGACAAGACAGUUAAGAUUACAAGCAUGAUAAGCAACACUGUUGUACAAAGUUAUUCAACGCCAGUACCUGCCUGGUCCUGUGCCUGGRACAACAGCGACUCUAACUACAUGUAUUGCGGGCUAAUGAAUGGCUCUUGUCUCAUGUUUGAUGUCCGAAACACAAAUACAUUCCUAAAGAAUCUAAAAACCGAGGGGGAUAGUUCAUGUCCUGUCAUAUCAUUAGCUCAUGUGAAGCCUGAUAUCAACUCAAAAUUAAGACCAGGGGGUCUACUUGUUUGUAAGCUUGGUGGUGCUUGUUUCUGGGAGAGCACGUUUGGUGUGGAUUAUCUUCCCCACACCUUGAUGUUACCAGAAGGAUCCUGUACUAGUCUGUCCUUUGAGCCGAAAACAAGGCAUUGCAUGUUCUCCUUGAGGCCAUCAAAGAACUUACCGAAAACAAGACAUGUGGUGUGUGAGCUCCAGGGUAAUGGAAUUGGAGUAUCAACCGCUAGGGCACAGUCCGAGGAUGACCCAAGCACUGCACCUAAUGAAGCAGAUGGCUCUGCAUCAAAUGUGGGAAGCCUUAUUACAUGUAAUUCAAAAAUGCAAUGUGUUGGUGGUCCAAUCCAGAAGCUACUAAGCCGCUCGUCAUUGUUUACCAGCCCUGAUAAUUCUGAGUCACUGAUAGUUGCGGCACCAGACGAAGCAGCCAAAGCUACUCUAUUAUGGGAUGGUUUUACUGGCAACAAGCUUCAAAAACUUCCCUACCAAGGCGAAACAGUAUUAGAUGUGUUACCAUUUACUGUUAAUGGACACAGUUUUCUCACUACCAUCACUGAGCAGAAACUGGAUGUCUAUCGAUGGCAGUAGAUACAAGUAUGAAAAUAAUUUAGGAAUUAUAAAAUUGAAUAACUGAAUAAAUGCUCGAGGUGAGUAGCUUAGGCAUAAGGAUUUCCUAUUUUUAUGACCUUCCAUCCUUUUGAGAAAAGAGUCUUUGUCAGAGGUACAUCCAUAUCCAUGUGUACCUCCUUGUGUUAUUAGCAAAGAAAGAAAUAAUAAAUAAGGAAAAGUUGCGAUGAAAGCAUUUUAUAUCAUGGGAAAGCAUUAUAUAUUACCAAGGUGAAUGGAACAAUAGACCCUUUACCAAAAUGGCAGCUGAAAAUUCAAAUGAGUUAAAUUAUAAAACCAAUACUAUUACUGGAAAGAGCACCUUUACUUUAGUAACCCUACGAAGAUGCAUUAUGUCAAGUGUUAUAUCAGCCGAGAAAACUCAAAUUGAAAAUUUGACAAAUUUACAGACAUUUGUAUGUCUGGGGGUAUACUGUAGCGUGCUCGUAUUGGUUUUUCUCUCAGUUUAAUUUUAACUCAACUGAAUUUUUUUGGCUGCCAUUUUGGCAAGGGGUCUAUUUCCCCAUCUUGUAAGCUGUUCUUACUAAUACCCAGUUGAAGUUUAUUGAUUAAAUAAACAUGUAUAUUUUUAUAUUGAUAAUCCAACAUGAUAUUUUAAAAUAUCUCUAAAGUUAAAAUUAAAAUAGUUGUACAUAGUUGUAAAUUAUAGCAGUUUAUUAAUAAAUAGUUUGUUUGAAUUAAAAUAUUGUACUUUACUUUA